GAAGCAUAUAAGGCAUUCUCUGCUUCAUGUAACUUCAGAUCAGUCGACUUUGCUCCCAGGACUAAGGCAACUUUCAUUCUAAAAGAAAAUGCUCUUUAAUUUGCGGAACCUGCUCAAUGCUGCAACUUUAAGAAAGAGCAGCAAGCAACUGGUGCAACAUUUUCGGUCUGGGCAACCAACUCAAACUAAUGUUAAUCUGAAAGGUCGUGACCUCCUAACUCUGCAAAGUUACACAGCAGAAGAAAUAAAGUAUUUGCUAUGGACGGCAUCAGAUUUGAAACAAAGAAUAAAGGACAAGGGAGAGUAUUUGCCUUUGUUGCAAGGAAAAUCUUUAGCCAUGAUUUUUGAGAAAAGAAGUACCCGAACAAGAUUAUCCACAGAAACAGGGUUUGCUCUCCUUGGGGGACAUCCUUGUUUCCUUACAACCCAGGACAUACAUUUGGGUAUUAACGAGAGUCUCACAGAUACAGCACGGGUGCUGUCUAGCAUGACAAAUGCAGUCUUGGCCAGAGUUUAUAAACAAUCUGAUCUGGACCUGUUGGCGAAAGAAGCCUCAAUCCCAAUAGUCAAUGGAUUGUCGGAUUCAUACCAUCCUAUCCAGAUUUUAGCUGAUUACCUUACACUCCAGGAACACUAUGGCUAUCUGAAGGGGCUCACAAUAAGCUGGAUUGGUGAUGGAAACAAUGUCCUGAAUUCCAUCCUGAUGAGUGCUGCUAAAUUUGGGAUGCAUCUGCGUGUUGCUACUCCAAAGGGCUUUGAACCGGACCCCAACGUCGUUAAAGUAGCUGAAGAGUACUCCAAAGAGUAUAGCACCAAAUUGUUUUUCACGACUGAUCCCUUGGAAGCUGCAAGUGGAGCCAAUGUCCUAGUUACGGACACAUGGAUAAGCAUGGGACAAGAAGAGGAGAAGGCAAAGCGAUUGAAGGCUUUCCAAGGUUACCAGAUCACAAUGCAGACUGGAAAACAUGCGGCCUCUGACUGGACCUUUUUACACUGUUUACCAAGAAAGCCAGAAGAAGUUAAUGAUGAAGUAUUUUAUUCUCCACGAUCACUGGCUUUCCAGGAGGCUGAAAACAGAAAAUGGACAAUUAUGGCUGUCAUGGUUUCCCUGCUGACAGAUUACUCACCACAGCUGCAAAAACCUACAUUUUGAUGCUUGGGUUCCUGCCAAGAGAAAAUAUUCCUCACCAGCAGAAUAUUCUGGUCUACAAAUAUAUAGCUGUCUUUCAUAUAGGAUCAAAGCAAUGAAUGAUUCCUUAAUAAAACUGCAUAGGUUGGCUCCACUGAACUGUAUAAUAUUGCUUUGCGCUCAUGAAACCCUUGGAGACGAUGUGAAUUAAAC